AUGGCGAUGGCGAUGGCGACGGCGCGGGCGGCGCGCGGGGUGGGCGUCGGACGACGCGCGCGACGCGACGCGCGCGGUGACGCGCGGGUGGUGACGGCGUCGCGGACGCGCGCGCGAUCGGGCGUCGGGGGGAGGGGUCGAGGCGAGGCGGUGGUGACGCGCGCGGACGCGUUCGGGGGGAUGGCGGAGAAGCUGGAUAAGGCGUUCGCUUUGCUCGACGGGGCGAAAUCGUUGAACGCGGAGAACGUCAAGGCGCCGUUGAAGGACGUGCGACGGGCGCUGUUGGAGGCGGAUGUGUCGCUGCCCGUCGUUCGUCGGUUCAUCGCGCGGUGCGAGGCGAAGGCGGUGGGGAUGAAGGUGACGAAGGGGGUCGAGCCGGGGCAAAUGUUGGUGAAAGCCGUGGCGGACGAGCUGUGCGAGCUCAUGGGGGGCGUCGGCGCGGAGGGGAUCAAGUUCAGGGACGACGGGGAGCCGACGGUGAUUUUGAUGGCUGGUUUGCAAGGCGUGGGGAAGACGACGGCGUGCGGGAAGCUGUCGUUGGCGAUGCGCAAGCAAGGGAAGACAGUCUUGCUCGUCGCCACCGACGUGUACAGACCGGCGGCGAUUGAUCAAUUAAAGACGCUCGGGACGCAGAUUGGGGUUCCGGUGUUCGACAUGGGCGUCGACGCGAGCCCACCCGAGGUCGCGGCGAGAGGGGUGCGCAAGGCGAAAGAAGAGGAUAUCGACGUCGUCAUCGUCGACACGGCGGGUCGUCUCAACAUUGACGAAAAGCUCAUGAGCGAGCUCAAGGACACCAAGCUCGCGACGAAGGCCGACGAGACGCUACUCGUCGUGGAUGCGAUGACGGGCCAAGAGGCGGCGAACCUCACCGCGAGCUUCAACGAGGCGGUGGAGAUCACGGGUGCGAUUCUCACAAAGAUGGACGGAGACACGCGCGGCGGCGCCGCGCUCAGCGUGCGCGAAGUUUCCGGAAAGCCCAUCAAGUUCACGGGCGUCGGUGAAAAAAUGGACGCCCUGGAGCCUUUCUAUCCCGAACGCAUGACGAGUCGCAUUCUCGGUAUGGGCGACAUCGUCAGUCUCGUCGAAAAGGUGCAGUCGGAGGUAAAGGAGGCGGAGGCGGAGAAGCUCAAGGAGAAAAUCUUGAAGGCGACGUUUGACUUUAACGAUUUCGUCACGCAGCUCGAGAUGAUGAACAACAUGGGGAGCAUGAAACAAAUCAUGCAAAUGCUUCCAGGUACGACCAAACUGAGCGAAUCGGAGAUGGAGGCCGCGGAGAAGAGCUUCAAAAUCGCGAGAAGCUUGAUCAACUCCAUGACCAAGGAGGAGAGGCAGUUCCCAGACAUGCUCGUCGCUAGUACCACCGCAGAAUCGCGCCGAGCGCGCAUAGUUAAGGGUAGCGGUCGUACCGAGGCGGACUUAGCGCAGCUCAUCAUCAUGUUCGGUAGCAUGCGCGGGAAGAUGCAGCAGCUCAGCGGAGAGCUCGGAGGCGAGGCGGGUAACGUCGGUUUACAGCCGCAGCUCUCCGCCGCGGAGCUCGAGAAACUCACGACUAACAAGCUGAGAAAGAACAUCAAGCCCGGUAUGGUGCGACGACUCAAGUCAAAAAAGAUUCCGAUCGCGAAAAACGGCGAUCGAAUGGGUAUCAGCGCGUCAGCGGAUUGA